GGGUGCAGUCAUUGCCUCUUUUCGGCGCUUGCGUACAUUCCGCCAUGCUCGUCGAUCUUCCUCUAUCCAACGAGUUUUCCUUGAUUGUUUCCUUCGACCUUUAUCCUCCUCGUAACUCCCACCCCUCUAGUCUAGGCAGAACUAGUAGCAUUGGGGGCGGUGGUGGCAGCGGGCAGCAGAGGGUGCAGCGAUUGGCGGCAGGGCCUGGCUCCGUCAGUUUAGUUACCGCACCACAUAAAGGCAUUGCGUUGUAGACACCGUUAUACCCGCAACAUUCUUACUAUUUGCUUGUAUAUCUUCAUUUCUGACCCUUUAAUUCGACAAUACGUUCGUAUCGUUGGUACAUAUAGAAUCGUCCUCACCGUGUAUAUAUAUAUAUAUAUACAUAUAUAUAUAUAUACCGAUCAAUCAUUCUUGCUUUCUCCCGCCCACGUGUCAACGAGAAAACUAAUCGAAAAACCGUGUGUGUUCACGCACAACUUCGAUUUCGGGUUUAAACAAACAAAAGAAAAAAUCAAACACACAAGAGAGAGAAAGAGAGAGAGAAGAGAGAGAGAAAAAUCGUACAGUCUAAAGCAACAACAGCAAACAACAACACUAAUUAAUAGAAAACGAAACAAAACAAAAAAAGAAAAAAGAAAAAAAAGAGAAAAAGAAAAGAAAAAUCGAGCUACAAAUAAAUACGAGAUAAUCGAUCGGUCAACGAAGGAAGAAAUUUCGUCAGCAGAUCUGGAUCGUCGUGCCACGUUUCAUCACGUGCGUCUUCGUCGGGGAUCUUAUGAUUUCGUUCGUCCAUUUCGACCACCCUUCCUGGAUCCUUGUUCUUCUCCCCUCGCCCCCUGGAACGGUCAGCUUCUCGAAGAUUGAUCUCGAUCGAUGUGCACGCGAGUCCCUUUCUAACUUUGUUUAGAAAAAGAGAGAGAAAGAAAGAGAAGUGAAAGAAAGAAAGAUAAUUGAAACUACGAGGAUAAAACACAUGUCGCCGGUUCUCCACGAAGAUAAUUCAGUGUGCGAUUGUUGACGAGGUUGGUGUUUAAAAGUAGAAGAGAGCAGAAAUCGUCGUCCGGAAGAUUGAGAGAAGAAGUGGAAAAGGAAAAAAAGGAAAACGCAAGGAGAUAGAGAGGAUAAUAUAGUGUUGGCCGGUAGAAGUGAAGGAAAGACAUUCAGAGGGUGUGUUCCGCGAUUUUCUUCGUCCCCCUUUUUUUUUCUCUUUCGUUUCGCCGAUAUAUUAAGAGAUCAAGUGUUACACGUACGUGAGAUCGUCGUGCAUCCUGCAAGUUGCAUAAAAUAUAGACUGUAAUCCGCCGUUGUCGAUCGAAGAAAGUGCAAGAGAGAUACCUCGAGAAAGAUUCGUAAUUCGUCGCCGUGAUUUGGCAAACUUGAUCGUUUAAAAAUCGAUAAAAAUUACCGCGUAAAAUAACACGGGCACAGUUCAGAAAACGACAAAUUAAACGAACGAACAAAAGAAAGAAACGGCAAAACGAAAUACGCACACGUCGCAUCGUUUAAAAACUUAAAGUUAAACAAAGAACGAGCAUCGUUUAUGAAAUAACAACGAAAUGAAAAUUUAGCGAUAUAGAUAAUAUAUAUAUAUAUAUAUAUAUAUAUAUAAAGGCAAAGAUAAUUCUCCAUUAAAAAAGAGAACUAAUAAAAACGAAAAAAAAAAAUAACAUUAACCCACCGUCGUUUCGUUCUACGCCCAGAUAUCGGCAUCCUCCAACCACUGAUUUUCAUCGUUAACCGUAUCGCUGCGGUCUAGAGAAGUUUGGGCGUGGCAGCCGAAAGCAACGUGGCCAGGAGAACGCGAGUGCAGCCUCCAAAUCCACGGUUCUCCGGCCAAUUUUCAGUUUGAAUCCUUCUUCCUACUUGCGGAGCAACCGGCGAAAGAGCAAACGAUUAAAAAAAAAAGAAUCGAAAGAAAAAAAAAUAUAUACAUGUAUUAAACGAGGAAAAAAGAAAGACGAGAAACGAAAAAAAAAAAAAAAUGAGGGAGAAACACGGUCGAGUGAAAAUGUCGAAUCUGUUCGGUAACAAGAUGAUGGAAAACGGCGAGAGUGUGCAUGAAGGAUCAAGCAGAUCCAGGAUGGAGCAACUGGCACUGCGGGUCCUCGUCGAGGACAAGCAGGAAGUCUCGAGAGGGACGCUUCCGUCCGCGAUGGCCUCGAUCACAAUGAUUUCGUACGUAGUUAGAGAGGACUCGGUAGAAGAGUGCAAUGAUGGCGAACGGAAUGGACACAGUCGUGCAACAAAAUGGUGGAGCCACCCUCGGGCAGGCCUCGCAAGAAGAAUCCAAGACGAAUCUCAUUGUAAAUUAUUUGCCACAAAGCAUGACACAGGAUGAGAUUCGAUCCCUCUUCUCGAGCAUAGGCGAGGUGGAAAGCUGCAAGUUGAUUCGCGAUAAACUCACCGGUCAGAGUUUAGGUUACGGUUUUGUUAACUAUCACCGGCCUGAGGAUGCUGAGAAGGCGAUAAACACGCUCAACGGUCUUCGUCUGCAAAACAAAACGAUCAAGGUAUCGUACGCGAGACCGAGCAGCGAGGCGAUCAAAGGCGCAAAUCUGUACGUGAGCGGUUUGCCGAAGAACAUGACGCAACAAGACCUGGAAAAUUUGUUCAGCCCAUAUGGCAGAAUCAUCACGUCGCGGAUACUUUGCGACAACAUCACCGGUAAGUUGUUAAUUAACCGAUUGAAUUGACGAGGAUCGUAUCGGCCAGUAGAAUGUC